CCGCCGUUCGAAAAUUUCCCCUUGUCGAGGGUUUCUCUCCCCCCAAAUCUCCCUCCACAUCCCUCCGCAUCGCGAGAUCCUGCUCGCAGAGGAGCUGACGCGAUGCCGCCGAGGAGGAGGCGGCGAGCGCCGCCCGCCAAACCGCAGUCGCAGCCGGAUCCGCAGCAGCAGGAGCCUCCAGGCGCGGACGCGCCGUUGGAGGAGCGGCUGGCGUGGGACAGCCACCAAGAAAGUGAGCGCCGGAUUACUGCCAUCAAAGCGAUAAAAGAUGCAGAGGCUGGGAACAUACGUUCUCAGUUGCAAUUACUGCGGUCCUAUUUUUCCAAGGAGCAACUAGAGGCAAAUGCCUUGGAAUAUUUUAAGGAGAACUUGCCCAAUUUAUCUAUUGUCCAUAAUGAAAAAUGUGAUGUGCUUGAGUUGAAAUGGAAUGAUGGCGACAAAUGCAUACUUGGAGACUUUAUAGAUGACAAGAUUCUGCAAGCCUCGAUUGCUUCAUUGCCAACUGCUGGCGGCCUUCAAUUCCCAGGGGAUUCAGCUGGGAAGGACUUCUACAGGCGCACUAGCAGUUUCAGUGAUUUUGCUUGGAGUGAAAUACCUCAAGGGCAAAUGGCAGGAACAUCAGAUGCUUUUCAGACACCUGGGGCUGUGAGUAACCGACUGUCCUUCGGCAUGACACCCAAAACGGUAAGGUUACCCAAGAAUGGCGAGAUGCUCUUAUCUGUGCACGGUUCACCUCUUGGGGUCUACAAAGAAGAAAAUUUAGCAGCUAUUCAGGAAUCUGGUAAUGGAGAUGAAGAUGCUCCCUGCUGAUGCCCUAGCUAUACCAGAUGUUGCCAGCCAUUGAGUUCUUGGCAAUAACCGUAGCCGUUGCUGAUCAAGAGCCUGAUAUUUGUUCUCUGUUAACAAAUUGUGCAGCACUGCCAUCGUGGGGCUAGUCGAUGGUAUGACGCUGAAGCUGACAACCACUAUUGAAGUAUCUAUAAUCUCUUGGUUACUAGGUCUUAGAGCAUGUAUUGGAUAACCAAUGGCAGUAACUGAUAGACUGAUUGGGAAAGAACCUCAGUUGUUCAGUGUAUUGGCGCCUUGCUACUAAAUGUACCCUGUACUCAGUGUAUUUAGAUCACUCUGUAAUUUGUUCCAAAAAAAGUACACCCUGUAAUUUGAAUUUGAUGAACCCCUGUUGUAGGAUGCCAAAUUCUUUCAGCAGAAAUUGCGCUUUCAGCCGUGUUGGUGUUGGUUUGCUGCCAGAGGUCGAGGUCGGCAAAAACAGUUUGUAGGGCUCCGUGCUGGCUUGUUUCAGCCAGACGUGUUUAUAUAUGAUUUAUGAACUGAAACAA